AAAUUGUCAGGUUUUAAGCUUCAUCCGGACCGUAAUAAGCUUAUACGGCUAAUAGACACGUUAAGAUUCAUGCCUUGCCAUUCAAAAUCAAAAAUAAGGGGGCGUUAAUUAAUCAGCCAAUAGAAAUCACGCGGGAAAUCAUGCGCGCUAUUCUUAUUUACAAAUGGCUACAAUGCUAGAAUUUCUUGCGACCGAUUGAAAGUAUAUCACCGUUGAAACCACAUUGAAAACCUUCUGUGCUCGAUUAGAAUAUAAUGACGGAUUCAACGGACUAUAUUAUAACUCCAUGGGAGAUAGAAAUCCACGUACAAAAUUUGCAGCCAUCAAAUAUAGAAGAUAUUGGGACGAAAAAAUGGCUCGAGUUUCACAAAAUAUUGUUACUUUUGAAUCAACAAAGCGUCCUAGAAAUCAGUACUUUAAGAGAGGAAGCUGUAAAAGAGUGGUUCAUCUCAUUGAAAAAGCUGCCAGUAUUGAUUCACGAGGUCAUUCAGAUCAACAUUUGGAAAGAAUAUGUUUUUCCGCUUCUAAUCGAAAUAAACGAUGAACCGACGAACACUUUCAUGCUGCACAGUGUAUUUUUUCACGAGGGUGUCGCAGCUUCUCUCCUAGAGAAUAUACUUUACCAUUCUGACAGUGCAGAAGCUGUAGCAGAUCAGGCUAUAGAUUUGAUCGAUUAUGCAGUUAACAACGUUACAAAUCUCCUCUACAACACUAACAAAGAAGAAAAUGCAGAGAAUCACGAAAAUGCGCAAUCGUGCCUGAUGGAGUUAUUGAAAAAGAAAUCAGACUUAGAUUUUGACGUCAGUAUGAAGUGUGUGUCGAUCCUGCGAUAUAUGGCUGAAUUUGCGGAUACCUUACCUCUGUGCGCUGUAUCGCGCAUGCUAUCAAUACACGACGUUCCAUAUUUACUAACUGAACUUAUCGAAAAACAGCCAUGGAAGAAGCUUAACAAUGAUGGAAAACAGAUGAUAUACGAUGGAAAAUGGAAAACUGUUGACGAAAAUGACCAAGACAGAAUCUGCAGGGUGGAGGGUCAAAUUUGGAUUGGAUUACGAGAAAUCUUACUUAAUCCAAAAUGUGCUCCACACUACGAGAUUACCGAAUUCAGAAUGUCAAAGCUCGUGAAGCUACAGAAAUACCUUCAUGAAUCUGUACUCGAUCAAAUCGCACCGCUGAUAGAAUUAAAAAGAUGGCUGUGUCAAUUGAGCGUAAUGGCACAACCGUCAAAUGCACAAAAACCCGUAAUUGUAGAACUGCUACCGGAAAUAAGAUCAUCGGUUUUAGCCAAACACAAUAGAAAGUGGAAAAAAUUAGCGAAGCAUCAAUCCAAGUCACUCUUUAAUAACGAUAUACAGUACAUUAAAAGUAUGGCUCAAGUUUUGAGCGAUGCGUACGACCUCGACAAGCUAGAGUGCGUUGAACCAAAAAAAUGUUUUGCUUGUCAAGCACCGGCAUCGAAGCGAUGUUCCAAGUGUAAAGAAGCUUGGUACUGCGGCAGAGAAUGUCAAGUGAAAGAUUGGACCAAGCAUAAAGAGAUUUGUGAAAAAAUCAUCAGUAAUAAAGAAGCCUAUGGCUUAAAAGAUUGAUCAAGUAAAGUCCACGCUAUUAGGCUGGCAUAAAUAUUACCGAGAAAUAAAG